GGGGGAGGGGCAGGAAAGAAGGCUAUAAGGGCCGCAGCCGUGCCGGGCGGGAACCAGCCAGGCCAUGGCGGAGGUCCCGGGAGCCCAACGCUCGGUUCUUGCUGGCGGCCCAGAGCCCCGGGAUCCCCUAGACUGCUGGGCCUGUGCAGUGCUAGUAACGGCUCAGAAUCUGUUGGUAGCUGUCUUCAAUCUUCUCCUGCUGGCUUUAGUCCUGGGGACCAUCUUGCUACCCGCUGUCACCAUGUUGGGCUUCGGCUUUCUCUGCCACUCUCAGUUCCUGCGCUCUCAGGCACCCCCUUGCACCGCGCAUCUGCGGGACCCAGGCUUCACCGCCCUGUUGGUCACUGGAUUCCUGCUGCUGGUACCGCUGCUUGUGCUUGCCUUGGCCACCUAUCGCCGCCUCUGCCUGCGUCUCCGCCUGGCCGACUGCCUAGUACCCUACAGCCGUGCCCUCUACAGGCGCCGGCGCAUCCCACAGCCGAAGCAAAUCCCGGCCUCACCAGGGUCCCGGGCUGUUCCCACACCGGGAAAGGUCUGGGUUUGAGGUGCGUUGAGUCAAGAAUUCUGCCGAUUGUCCUCCUCCUGGACGCGGAAGGACUUGAAGCAAGCUCAGGGGUAUUCUGCCUUGUUCUGCUCCUUACCAUUGCCCGAGUUCCUUUGAUGGAACAUCACCACCUGUGGAUCCAAUGCUGGCGAAAAUUCCCAUGCCCCAGAACAUCUCACUAGAAUCCUGAACGUUUGAGUUGGACCCUGCACAUCUUCUGUGUCCCCUAGCGUAAAUAGGAGAGCUGAACUUUGUGCCUUCCUUAGCUGGUGCAGCUCCUCUAAUAUUUACGGGACUGAGGAACAACGCUAGAGAAGGAACCAUCACAAAUAAUAAAAAAUUUAUGAAAUGAA